GAUGUGACGCAACAACUAUCAGCUGGUUUUGUUUUGCUUCAUUCUCUGUGCUCCGCUUGAAGUCGUAAAUGUACAAGAAAACUUGCGAUUUAAUUCAUUAAUGUGAGGCGGAAGAACCGCGGAAGCUUUGGAGUGCAUUUGUCUUCCACUUAAUUAGGACCAUCCGGUUUUUCUUCAGUGGGUCUCCGCUUUGCCACUAUCUUUCCAAGAGGUCCAACCGAUCCCAGGCCUCCGAUCCAGGGCGGAGGGAGGGAAGGAGGUCGUUGGGAAUCGGGAUGGAGACCGGAGAGGGAGCCGACGGUCCUGGCGGGCCGGGGCUGUGCUGCGCCUCCUUCAACCAAGACUCCACGUCUUUGGCUGUGGGCACCAAAACUGGAUACAGGCUAUUCUCUGUGACCUCGGUGGACAAACUGGACUGCAUUCAUGAAAGCACAGAAACUCCAGACGUUUAUAUCGUGGAAAGGCUUUUCUCCAGCAGCCUGGUUGUGGUGGUGAGUCAGUCCAUGCCACGUCGCAUGAAUGUCUACCACUUCAAAAAGGGCACGGAGAUUUGCAACUACAGCUACUCGAACAACAUUCUUGCAGUGCGACUAAAUAGACAGAGGCUGGUUGUCUGUCUGGAGGAAUCCAUCUAUAUCCACAAUAUAAAAGACAUGAAACUCUUGAAGACGCUUCUCAACACACCAUCCAACCCAUCAGGUCUCUGUGCUCUCUCCAUCAACCAUUCCAACUCUUUCCUAGCAUAUCCAGGAAGUGACACCAUCGGAGAAAUUAUUGUCUAUGAUGCCAACAAUCUGAGUACUGUGACCAUGAUUCCCGCUCAUGACAGUCCACUGGCCGCCAUCACCUUCAGUGCUUCCGGCACCAAACUGGCCAGUGCUUCUGAAAGGGGCACAGUGAUUCGAGUCUUCUCCAUUCCAGAGGGACUGCGCUUGUUUGAGUUCCGACGGGGGAUGAAAAGGUAUGUCAACAUCAGCUCCCUUUCCUUCAGCCCGGAUGCUCAGUUCCUCUGUGCCUCAAGCAAUACAGAGACGGUGCACAUUUUCAAGCUUGAACAGCACAGCCCAAGUGGGGAGGAGGAAGCUCCCUCUUGGUCAGCAUAUGUAGGUAAGAUGUUCACAGCAGCCAGCAGCUACCUCCCAGCACAGGUGUCAGGCAUGAUGAGUCAAGACCGAGCCUUCGCCACCGUCCGGCUCCAGAUGGCAGGUCAGAAGAAUGUCUGUGCCCUGGCAACAAUCCAGAAGCUUCCACGUUUGCUUGUGGCCUCCUCUGAUGGGCAGCUAUUCAUCUAUAACAUUGAUCCUCAAGAUGGGGGGGAAUGCACUCUGGUGCAGCAGCACAGGUUGUUUGGAUCAGAUAAGGAGUGGGAGGAGACUGAGAAAUCAGAACUUACGGAGCCACCGCAAGCAUGCCAGUCCUAUGCUGCCACUGUGGCCAUCCCCACCUCUGGACCCGUUACAGCCACUCUCACAGGCUACUCAGAGGACGGGGGAGCUAAGAAGGGCGAGGUGAUUCCCGAGCAUGAGUUUGCAGCAGGCCCCGUGUGUCUGGACGAUGAGACGGAAUUUCCUCCCGUGAGCAUUCGCUAACCCUCCCCACGUCUAAGCGGCAGUGUUCAAUUCCAUUGUAUGGGCUUGUCUUGUCCCUCUGUCCACAAGCACUCAAACAUAGUGUGAUUUAUUAUCUUUAACCAAACCAACACCAGGCCUGUUCAGGUCUGAUGACAGAAAGCAGUUCUUAACAGGACCAAAUGUUGCUGUUGAAUCACAUCAGAAGAUGAAUAUGUUGUCUGUUACGCAACAUAAAUGACAAAUAUCACCCUAAACAUUACUCCUUUGAUAUAUACAGUAAUGAUGUAUAUAUUUCAGUGGUAUUAUUCUGUGUUUAGACUGAAAUAAUGCUUGCUUCAUGCAAGUUUAAGAUGAAUUCAGACAAAGUAGGACACUUAAAGCUUAAUCAUUAUUACUAAAAAUUAGCACAAAGUUCUUAUAACUAAUAUGUGAUGACACAAUACUAUUCAAAAGUUGUUUUUUUUUUUAAGAAAUUAAUAUUUUUAUUCAGCAAGGAUGCAUUAACUUGAUCAAAAGUAGCAGUAAAGACAUUUAUAAUGUUACAAAUUAUUUUUUAUUUCAAAUAAAUGCUGUUCUUUUGCAGCAUAUUAGAAUGAUUUCUAAAGGAUUGUGUGACACUAAAGACUGAAGUAAUUUUAAUUAUUUUAAUUAAUUUAAAUUUUUUAAUUAAUUUAAAAAGAUGUUCAAAUAUAAAACAGUUAUUUAAAAUUGCAAUAAUAUUUCAAAAUAUUACCAUUUUACUAUGUUUAAAAAAAUAAAUGAAAAAUGCAGCCUUGGUGAGAAUAAGAGAUUUCUUUCAAAAGCAUUAAAAAUCCAAUUGGAUUAUAUAACGAAAAAUCAUUAAAAAGUGUUCCACAUUAUCUGCAUUCAUCUUAGAUGCUGAAAUACAUUUCCUGACACUAAACCUGCUGUUGCUGUUGUAGUUCAAUAAUAUUUCUGGUCUUAUAUACAUGGACGUGAGCACAAGUUAUAUGACUAAUUUGUUUGUUUGUGCACAGACAGGACAAUGAUGAGAAUUCAUUAAAUCCACCCGAGUUAUUUGUCUUUUA